AUGAGGUACCAGCCUCAGGGUGUUUGUGUUUAGUAGGUAAUGAAGGAACCUGAGGAGGAAAUUAAAGAAGGAAGAUAGAGAGGAGGGGUUUCUCUCUUUUACAGUGUGCUUGGCUGGGGCUGUCCCUUGGUGCUAUCUUAUGUCUGUGCCAUCAGAGUCAAAAAGCCUCCUCUUGUAAAUGCUGGCCUCCAGCUGUGUAGUAAAUUCUGGUACCAGCCAAACCUGUGUUCGGUUGCUUGCAGCAGUGUGUUCUUCUCAGUAUGAUGCUGCUGUAUUGCUUUCACCACAAGCACCAAAGGCUAUGAGAUGCUUUCCUUGGGGACUCAAUUCCAGCUGCAUGACCUAGGAUUACAGUUGCUAUGGCGAUAAGACAGUUAGUGAAGGGAGGAGUGAAAGCUUUGCUCUGCCCCCAAGACACAGUAUGGAAGCCAUUGCCAGGUUUGAUUUCACUGCUUCUGGAGAAGAUGAGUUGAGCUUCCAGGCUGGGGAUAUGUUGAAGAUUUUGAGCUCCCAGGAGGAGUGGUACAAGGCUGAGCUCAGAAGUCACGAGGGCUACGUUCCGAAGAAUUUCAUUGAUUUCCACGUUCCCCCCUGGUUUGAUGAGAAGAUAUCCCGCCACGAAGCAGAGAACCUUCUCAUGAGCAAAGGAGUUGGCUGCUUCAUCGUCCGGGCCAGUCAGAACUCUCAUGGUGACUUUUCCAUCUCUGUCAGGCAUGAAGAUGAUGUGCAACACUUCAAAGUGAUGAGGGAUUCAAAGGGUAGCUAUUACUUGUGGACAGAGAAAUUCCACUCGCUAAACAAGCUGGUGGACUACUACAAGACAACUUCCAUCUCCAGGCAGAAGCAGAUCUUCCUAAGGGACAACAGCCAAGAAGAACAGGAGAGGCGGGGUGGGAGCCUGGAACGGAUAGGUCGGGAAGGAUUCCACAUGGGAGGAGCAGCUGGAGAAGAUCAUUCUUCUAUAUCCAAGAGAUAUGCAGAGCAUCCUGUUCCCAUACUGCAGCAGCAACAGGAAAGACAUGGUGGGAGCCUGGACAGGAAAGACAUGAUGCACAGGCUAAGGGAUCAUGGCCAAGGAAGUGCAGGAGCUAUGCAACGGAGACACACAGACCCACUGCACCAGCAGACACCACGAACGCUGUGGGUGCGUGCCUUGUACGACUUCGAUGCCAUGGAGCACGACGAGCUGGGCUUCCGCAGCGGAGACAUCUUAGAGGUCCUGGACAGCUCCAACCCCUCGUGGUGGAAAGGACGCCUGCGUGGGGAGCUGGGGCUCUUCCCUGCCAACUACGUCACACCAGUGCUGCUGUGAGGGCACAGUGUGGCCCAGGGGCUGUGCUGGAGCUGCUCUUCUGACAUGACAGGGACAGAGAAGGAGUGCAUCUUCCCUUGCCACCAGGACAUACACCGUUUGUUGUUUUGUCUUAAUUUAUUGGCAAUUGAUCUUUUGAAAUGUUUGUAUGAAAGAGAACCGUUUGAAGAAGAAUUUUUUACCCCCUGUUUUUCAGUCAUGAAGGGGAGGGAGCAAAAAAUCUUGGACUGUGCACUGAGACUUUGCUGGGUCCUCCCUGCCCUGUCACCUCUUUGGCUAGCUGUUGAUAAGCUCCUGCAAUUAGUUUUAUUCUGUAGAAAUGCCCUUCAGGAAAGUCAGGCUUCAGGUUAACUUCAGAUUCAGUAUUCACGUAGCCCUAUGCCUUAAUUUUGGAUCUGGUAGCAGUCAUAGUCUCUUCAGGCUCCAUUCCACCUUUCUUCCAGGGGCAGGAGGGAUGUAUGUGAAUUAAAUGGUCCUUGGUAACCACAUUAAUCCUUCAGUUAGGGAAGGAAAGUGAAGGGGCUUUAGGUUGAGGUUGAGACAAUCUAGAUUUUUCUUAAUAGUUUCUGGCUCAUCUCAUACUCUAUGUAUGGACUGAUGAAGAGAAGGAAUCCCGUAAGCUUUAGUACAAACGUGGUGAAGGAAUGGGAGGGCAAGAAGCUUUCUUUGCUUCUUCUCAUAGGCCUGCUUUUCUUUCCCCAUGACAACUUACCCAUUUUCAAGCUGCUCUUUUAGGUACCUACACUUCAGCUAGAUAGCCUCACUAGAGCAGAUCAGGCCCUUCAGCUAAAUUAGUAUCCACUGGAUUGGAUAACAGUUAAUAUCCCUCACUGGUUCCUUUUGUAGAACUGAAUUGGGGAGGGAUUGGAGAGGUUUCUCUGGUUUGGUGGCAGAAGUUCUUUCCCUGAAAAUUUGCUGUGUUGAGGAUCACCAUGUACACAACUCCGGCUUACUAGAGAAAUGUGUCAUCCAACAGGUUAAGCUGUUCUUUUACAGUAUGCAGAGAAUAAAGCUGUAGCCAUUAAAUAGUC